ACGCUCAGUUAAUUUAAUGAUUUCGUUGCGAGCGGGUUUAAUGACGAUGAAGCAUUUGUUAUUAAUUUAUCUUUUUCAUACGCUCUUUGAAGCGGGCUUGUCGGCGGAAACGUCACCGUGCAUGAAAAUUACGUACAAGCAAACAAAUAAUGUCGGUUUUCGUUGCACUCAGUUGACGACGUUGCAAAACUAUUUGGAUCAAGCGAUGAUCAAUACAACGAUCAUCACCAUAUUCGAUUCUAAUAUACCCAAUGUACCUGGGCACAGCUUUGCGAGAUUUGGAGCGACCCUUGUGACUUUAGACCUGCACGAAUCGGGCAUACAAACGUGCGACGCUCAAGCAUUUGUGGGCCUCACAAAGUUGGAAAAACUAAUGCUCUGGGGCAAUAAAUUGACAUUCGUGCCGGCAGAUUGGUUCGUGAAUAUGUACUCUCUGCAGACCCUGGACUUGUCGUUCAACUUUAUCCAGGGAAUCGAUUUCACGAUCUUUCAGAUGCUUCCCAAUUUGAAGAACUUCUAUUUCGAUUACAACCAGCUUCGCUAUAUCGACUACAAUAUGUUCGCUUAUCUGGGUAAUCUGAAGAGAGUGAAAUUCAGCAAGAAUCCGUUGAGCUGGCCAUAUCGCGCUCGCUUGACAUGGCAAUUGGAGAACCAGAAGGUCGAAGUAUCGGACACAUGGGAAGAUUGGAACUGGAUGAACGUCGUCAUCAAGGAUUGCGUCGAGAGCGGCCGCGGCGAGUUGCCCAGCGACAAGGUGCUCGAUUGCGUCGUCGAGAAGCUGCUUAUAUUCGCGUACGAGACGUUCAGCGCGCAGGAAAGAAGCAGCACUGCUGGAUGUAACAAGCAGGCAAAAAGAUUAGUACGGUGCAUGAGACCAAUGUCGACCAAUGCCACCGGUAAUACCGAUUAUGAAACAGUACGAAGAAUCCUUGAGGAUUAUUCCACGAUUUUGCCGCCAAUGGAAAGAGCACUGAGCCCCUUCCCGUUGAAACGCGAACAAUAAGUAUAAUUCACCCCGAAAAAAUUUCCCUCGCGAAAAAACCCGCAAACAGACAAGCGAAAAAAGAUCAUCGUCGAAGCAAUGUCACGGAUAAAAAAGAGAUGUCUUUGGAAAUCGGCGGAUUUGCCGAUUAUUUUACCUGCACGA